AUGCCUCGUGGCAUGCGAAAAUCAUGUUUCAUAUUCUUGUUCACGGCGCCCCUUACUCUGGACGGCUACAGGGAUGUCAGUUUUGAUCACGACUCUGACGUCCUCGCAAUGCCCCAGGACCAGUUGCACAUUCAGGAAGGGCAUAUUGCGGCGGCUACUGAGGUUACCUCGACCUCCACGCCCAUUGUCGCCGCAAAUGCGUUGGGUACAAAAAAGGACGAGCUCGAGUCGACAGCAGGGGCGGCCUCUGAGCAGGAUGCCGUGCAGGUUGUUGAGUCCAAUGUGUGGGGCCAGGCGGAACGAACUGGGGAGAGUUACGCCAUCACGCUACAACCAGGCAUUGUAGGCGUGAGGUACAGCGAGGGUACAGGACAUAUAGACCACGUCAGCAAAGGCAGCCAAGCAGAACAAGCCGGAAUCCAGAAAGGCGAUAUCAUGAUAGAGGUCGAUGGUUCCCCUUAUUCCGAGGGAGCUUGGCAAAAGCUUCGGAUGAUGAGUAAGUCCUACACGAUGUUAUUAUGGAGACCGUCGUUGGCCGAGUCUUUAGCGAAGUGGAUGCAAUGUCUUUCUGAUACGGCGAUUUGUGCAUACGUCAUUUGCAGAUUCGCCUACGACAGUCUGUUCGCAUCUCGAAUGCAAGGCGGAAGCAUAGUUCUGACAUGCAUGGCCAGUGCGCCAGUGCUGCUGUUGGUGAUAUCAUCAUCGUGCGCACAGGUUAUACAUCUGUGUGCGGCCCUGGUGUAUCGCAAUGUGCAGCCGGCGUUCUAUCUCUCUGUCUGCACCGUGUUCACAUGCAGCCAAGUUGUGGGAGUGCGUCGACUCCGCGACAGCCCACUCGCGCAGCCGACCCAAUCCGAUAUCACCCCCACACAUGCAGCCGAGCGGCUGUUCGCUGUGAUAUCGCUGGUGUAUUGGAUCAUUCGGUUAGGUUCUCUUGUGGAGAAAAUUCUCGGAAGCGACGCGCAACUAUUGCAAGUUGUUCUCGCUAGUUCCUUCGGCGAGUCAGGUGAACCAAAAGGGCUUUCCCAGUGGUUCUUCCUCUACGGGCUCGUUUGGGGGUACUCUCGUGUGGCUGAAGCUUGCAGCGCUCGCUUGCGGAAGGUAUCCGACGUGUUGCCUUGUGACGCAGAAGUGUUCGACGAAAAGGCGAAAAAACCUGUCGUCCAACUUGUCAAUGAUUUGUGCCCUGUAUUGGCAUGCAUUGGCAUGCCGCUCUUACUAAUGUGCGCUGGCUUGGUAAGAGACUCGUUUGUACUGAUGAGUCUCGUGAUGAAGAUUCAGAACGGGGUUUCUCCAUUUGCGAACUCGGUUGCUGUCGCCAGGGUUGGAUCCAGUGCAGCCCUCAUUGUUGUUGUCCUCACAACGGCUCCAUUCAGCAUUUCGUCCGAGCUCGAAGAGGUGAAGAGCAAACUUGCAGAGGCUCGCACUUAUGACUCUUCGCUGCAUAUUCAGAUCCAGGUCGUCGAGACCAUGCUCGCGCAGGCGAAUCGCGGACAAGGCUUCGGCAUAUCAGUCGGUCAGACAUGCGUGCUCAGCAAGGUUUUCUUUCAGACGGUGGCCAUUCGCUUCGUAGCCACCGCAACCAUUUGCAUGACAGUUGCGAAGGAGCUGCUCGGCUACGGACGCGCCGAGAGGCUAGCGAUGGACGACCUGCUGAUGAAGACUGACCUGCUUCUUGCUGCCAUGAAUCGGAGUCACAACAUGUCCAGGUUGCGUUAG